AUGCCUCCUAUAUCUUCAUCCAGAUCAAUACAUAGCAUCAUUGAUAAAAAGACACAGCAUAAGAUGAAUACAAUAACAAUUGUAAGUUCAAAUACUACCUCUGCAGAACAUACUCAAGCUAAUGGCACAAGUAAUGCAUCACUUCCAAAUUCACAGACUGCUUCUCAAUCACCGAUAUGCAAGAAUUGUUUUACGACUAACACACCACUUUGGAGAAGGGAUGAGAAUGGGUCAAUACUUUGUAAUGCAUGUGGUCUAUUUCUAAAAUUGCACGGUAAGCCAAGGCCAAUUAGUUUAAAGACUGAUGUCAUUAAAUCAAGAAAUAGAAAAAAUAUCUCAUCAUCUGCUACUAACACUGCAACUAAUGUACCAACAACCACUACUGUUACACCUUCUACAACCACAACGACUACAUCAAACUCAACCUCGCCCUCUCCUUCUAAUGGUUUAACUGCUAUUGAUUUAUUUCCGAGUGUAAAGAAGAGAAAACUAUCCAUUUCAAAGACUAUUUCUAAAUCAAAUAAUCCAAAUACUGCUGUUGUUCCUAAUGCUAGCACAGCAAAUUCGACCGUAAUUGUCACUUCAAAUACAACUUCAAACACCACUAUUAUAGAUAAUUCUGAAAGCUCAAUUAUAUCGACACCACCCCCAUCACAUCCGCCAUCAACAAGCAUUAAUAAUACUUCAACUGCUACCAAUAAUAAAAUUUCAGUUGUAAUUGCACCUAAACCAAAUCUACAUUUAUCCAAUUCCUUAAUUUCCAACUCCGAUGAUAGAAGAAGAACAUUUCUGCCAAGAUUAUCGUCUUUAUUAGACAAUGUAACUUCAACUCCAACAGAUCAUAAACCUAUUUUAUCUUCGAUUAACAAUACUUUACAUAAUACUUUAUCAAAUUCAAGUUUAUCUUCCACACAAAACACGAACCCUAUAAUAAGAAGAAAAUCUUCUGAUGCAUUAAGACAACCUAGACAGACACGUAACAAUAACACUAAUAGUAGUACUACCAGUACUGCUACUACUAAUAAUAAUAGUGCUAUAUCCAUAAAUAGAACUAAUUCAAACUCUAAUAUACAUUCUAAUAAUCAAAUAAAUAAAAAUAAUCAACCUACAUCAUCGCCAUCAUCGGCAUCUCCCAUAACAACAGGCACAAACACAAGCAUUAACGGAAGUAUAAUUCCACCCAAUAUUCUAAAUAGUCUAUUAAAUUCUAAUACCACAGCUAUAACAAAUUCACAAACAAAUCUGAUUAAUUUACCUUUCCAAGAAAAUUUACCUCUGUCAAUUAAUAUUCAAUAUCAAGAAAAUUUAAUAAAAUUAAAUUCAAGAAUUAAUGAAUUAGAGAUUAUGAAUGAUUUAUAUAGAAAGUAUAUUUUUAACCUAGAUGAGAAAUGCAAAGACUUAGAAAAGAAAUUGCAAGAAAAAGAAUAA